AUGGCCGAGAAGCCGGCGGUGCCCACCUCGAGGACGAGGAUCCGAGGCGGCCUCGCGGCCUCAGCUCCCUCCUCCAGGAGGCUGUCUUCGAUAUCGUUCACCGCGGCCCCGAAUCAGAGCAAGAAGGUUCCUGACCCCCCAAAGGCCGUGAGGCCAACAAGAGCCACGCCUACCAAGAAGCGGCCACAAGUGGAUCAGGCUCAGAAGCGGAGACAAGAGAUUACUGCUCUCCAGGAGCAGCUUAGUGGCCUGCAAAGGAAGUUGCAUGAGAAAGAUGAAGCUCUGAGAUCCGCGGAGAACUUGAUCGGCCGAAUUACUGCAGCGAAUGAAGCAGUUGAUGGCUUGAGGAGCCAGCUCUCCGAGAAGGAAUUACUGAUUGAAUCUACUGGUUCGGAGCUACAUGGUGCUAAGAUCAUGCUAGCAGAGAAGCAGGCAGCACUAGAGAAGUUAGAGUGGGAGGCAAAUGUGUCGAGCACGAAGGCGGAAGAACUCCAAGUUGAUGUAGCUUCUAUGGAUGCUGAGGUUUCUGCUCUUAUGAAGUUGUUCAGGAAAAUAACAGAGAAUGACAAAGCCCCUCCACCCAGGGAUAGAACUGAUGAUUUGUCUUUGGAAUGCGAGCCAGUUCAACUUGAUGACACAGUUGAUGAUAUCGAUGCUGAGAAGAUGGAGCAGGAAAUGUCAGCCUACGCCUCAGCUCUAGCUGCCGCGAAGGAGAACCCUACCGACGAGUUCAUGAGAGCAGUAACCGAAGCAAGGUUAAGACUUCAAGCCGUUGUACUCUGA